UACGCUGCUGCUGUACAACGGUAACUAUCCGAAGGAUGCGGCCGAGCAGCGGAAGUUCAUCCGGCUGAUGGAGAUCUGCGAGGAGUACAAGGAAGCGUUCUCGCUGAAAAGUUUCUGGUCGGUGUUGGGCGAUCGGCUCGAGAAGAUUCUCCACACGGACUGGGCUUUGCGCAGCGAAGCGGACGGACUCAUCAUCGAACGAAUUCUCGUGCUGAUCCGGAACGUGCUGCAAGUGCCGGCGAACGUGGAACGAGAGAAGCGCUUCGACAACGAUGCCAGCCAGCACGACUGUUUGCUGUGGGCGCUGCACCAGGCUGGCAUACUGGACAUAAUACUAUACAUACUCGGGUCGCCGCACGAAAACCGCUUCCUCAUACACACGCUCGAAAUCCUGAGCCUUGCCUACCGGGAACAGUCGGCCGUCCAUCUGGCGGACGCAACGCUGCAGCGUACGAACACCGAGAGAGAAGAAGACGGACGAGCUGUUGCUGAUAAAGGCGCGUCAACCGACGACAGCAGCAGCUGCAGCAGCAGCAACGACAACAGCAGCCUUGGGGAAACCGCCCGCUGGGGGCGUUCGCGGUUUCGCGGCACGUACACGUUCAACAAUGUGAAAUCCAUCUCGGACAGUGAUGCCGUUUGCCACCAGUCGCUGGGCAAGAUAAUGCGCAUGGACUUUAGCUCGGAAAGCAUCGCCAGAAGGCACGGCGCUACCUGA